UUAGGCGGGAGAAUCGUUCGAAGCACGAUCACGAGAUCACUCUGGCUUUCGUGAUUUAUAAAUUUCUUGCUGACACGCCACAUAGCACGGGAGGGGAUCUUGAUGCUCAAUACAUUGUUAGCUUUUUAAAAACGAAAGGCAUGCAGUGGAGAUUAGGAUCUGGUGGGAGCUUGGAGUUUUUGGUCUCCGCUUUGGUGUGAGAUGAGAUGAUUUCGUGACGAGGGUCGAUUUAAUGUGGAUGGUUGCAUGGGCUCGAUGGUUCCAGUUGCCGAACUGGCCACGAGAUCUUGUCGUCUUUCCGAUAUCGGAUGUGAAGGGUGAAUGGGCGCUCGAUCUUCCGGAAACGCGAAGGGUAUUGUCUGAAACUCACGAUCUUUAAAAUCUUCAUUAACCGUUCUAGACUGCGUCGUGGGCGCGUGAGCGUCGCUGGAGCGAUCCGAUGUUACAGGGUGGGCAGUGUGGAAAAUUAUGGCCCUGUCUUGGUGCUGUGCACAGAACUCCCGUGAUCAUGAGGCCCGUGCAGGAAUACUGCUUGCCGAUGAGUGCCCAAUCGCCUUCAGGAUCAGAUCGAAGAAGCGGUUUGAUUGCACAAUGAAUCAAAACCAUUGAAGCAAGUGUAGUGAAUCAAAACCAUCCUUCACAGAUGACAGUCAUGCGCUGCUUUCUGUCGAAAAUUUCGACGUCACUUCACGGAGCAAAUCGAGAGACUACAAACCACACCAACUGCGAACAAGGCACCGGAGCUGAAGAAGUGGGUGUACAAUCAGUGCUCGCUCGGCCGAGUUUUCAGAUGACUAUGAGCUUCUCUGCAGAACUGCGGUCAUGUGUUGCUCUAAACCUACUACGAUUUCCUCAUUAGAUCUCGCAGAGUACUAUGUGCCGACUGGGGGCCAGUCUAUUCAAACAAAAGUGUGCGUGAGGUCAGGACUUUAGUCCCAUAUUCCUAGAAAAAUGAAUGCGAUAAUUAACGUUUUCUUCUACUUUGAAGAAGUUAUGUGAAAAAGCAUCUCGCUGGGAUCUUGUUUAAUUAUUUACUCGAAUAUACAAUUUUUAGAUACGAUUAAUAUGUAGUUAGUGAAAUUU